CCUUGUUUUUGUUUUAAUUUUUCCAGAGAUUUGAAAAACCAAAUCCAAAACCCCUUUUUUUUCUCUCUCUCUCUCUUUCUCUUUCAGAGAAUUCAAUUAUUUUCUCGCGGAAAUUGAAUUCCUUGUGAUUUGCUUUUCCAUUCUUUCUCUUUUUUCUCUCUCUUUCUCAGAUCUUUGAAUCAUGGACAACUCUCUACAAGAACGGGAUCGAAUCGUCUCCACCGGAGAGAGACCUGUUAAGCCAGAUAAGCUGACAGAGCAGCCACUUUCGCCCAAAGAUGAAAGGAUUGUUUCAGCGAAUCCUUCUCCGAAUGCAGUCAUCGUAGGACCAUCAAGGGAUGUCACCGAACAACAAGAAUCUACCGAAGCUGUUGGAGAUUUGAACACUGUCCAUCCACUCAAUGCCUAUGUUUCUCAUGAGCAAAAUGUAUCAUAUGGUGGUUAUGCUAAUAACACUGGUAUUUGGGAUGGCUAUUCUCAGUAUGUUAAUAAUGAGGCCAUGCAUGUUGUAUCACCGGUCAUCUACAAUGAUAACCCAUCUGUUGUAUUUCAUUCUGGUUAUGGCUUCAAUCCUGAAAUGGCAUACGGACAAUAUUCUCCAGUUGCUACACAACUGCAUCCUUUAAUGAUGGAUGGCCAACUGUACUCUCCACAGCAAGUCCCAUUUUCUCCAUCUUAUUAUGCACAGGCACCUGCUCCAAAUUUGCCUCAUAUGUCUUCACCUAUUCCAAUUUCACCAGCUGACCUGAUGUUGCCAGAAAAUAGUAGCAUUGACACUAUGCUUUAUGGGCCAGGAUCAGGUUAUGUAGGUUUUGGGUCAUUUGGUGGAGGAAACCUUUCUGGAAAUCUUGGUUCUAGUUCUCUAACGUCUCCAGUAACUUAUCAACCAAUGGGCAUACUUGGAUCAUAUGAGCACAAUGCUGGACAGAUUUCCCAACAACAGAGACCAAUGCAUGGAUAUGGGUUGAUGUCAAGUUCCUUUGGUGGACGCUACCCACACGGUAGUUCUAAUCAGAGCUCUACCUUUGGUGGUGCUUCAAUUUCUUAUCCUGUUGUUAAUGACCGGAAUCGUCUCACUCUUGACAAGGGCAGAAGAAGGGAAAGGGACCGGGAUUCAAUUUCCCUUUUUAAUGAUUCACAGGAUAUCUUCAAUGACCGUAAUCGUGGUCCAAGGGCUUCAAAGCUGAGGAGCAAGAGUGGCACUGAACAGGGCUCUUCAUCUUUUAGCAAAUAUGUUAUAUCUACUCUUGGAAUUCGUCUUGAUUCAUACAACCGGCUGGAUUUUGUCACAGAUUAUGAGAAUGCAAAAUUCUUCAUCAUCAAAUCCUUCAGUGAGGACAAUGUUCAUAAAAGUAUUAAAUACAAUGUUUGGGCCAGCACACCACAUGGAAACAAGAAACUAGAUGCUGCUUAUCAUGAAGCAAAGGAGAUUAAAGGCUACUGUCCAGUAUUCCUAUUGUUUUCAGUUAAUGCUAGCGGACAAUUUUGUGGGGUAGCUGAAAUGGUUGGACCUGUAGAUUUUGAAAAGGAUGCAGAUUACUGGCAGCAAGAUAGAUGGAGUGGACAGUUUUCAGUUCGGUGGCACAUCAUCAAAGAUGUUCCCAAUAUUCGUUUCCGUCACAUUCUACUUGAAAGCAAUGAUAACAAGCCUGUUACUCACAGCCGAGAUUCUCAGGAGGUGGCACUGAAAGAGGGUAUUGAGAUGUUGAAAAUUUUCAAGGAUUAUGAUACACGAACAUCCAUCCUAGAUGAUUUUGAAUUUUAUGAUGAGCGGGAGAGAGUCUUGAGGGAAAGGAAGGCCAGACAGAUAGCUUCUUCAACAGCAGAUGUUUCUGAUUCACCUGCUGAUGAGUCUGUUAAUCAAAUAUCUGAUAGUUUUGCUCAAGCCCUCAAAUUGGAUGAGAGGAACAACAAAGAAGUUCCUGCAACUGAACAAGGUGGUAGCUCAAGAUCAGAUGCUCCACUUUCACUUUCCCAUGAUUCCGUGAAUCAAACGUCUAAUAGCUUGUCUGAUAGCUUUAAUCGAGUUGUGCGGUUGGAAGAGAGUAACAAUGAAGUAUUAGCAUCUGAGAAAGGUGGUGGACACAAAAAUUGAGUCAGUCAAAGAUGGUAACAGUUGGUUUGAGUGCUAGCAGCAUUUAGUUGGUGUGGCCAGAAUCUUUGUCCUACACUCCUUGUACCUUUGGGAUUUUAUGAAAUUUUGGCGCACUGACAAUAUUUGAGAUCAAAUUUCAGGUAUCUCAAACAGUGAAGCUGCAAACUGACCUUUUUUUUUUGGUUUUUUUUUUGAGUCAAUUGUUCAGAGAAGUUAGGAGGUAAUCCAGGCAUGCUCAGUUGGGAGGAAGGCUGUUUGAUAUCUGAUGCCUUAUUUUCCUUUGAGUUUUCUCACAAUUGUUUCCUCUUAAGGUAGAUGGGUAUUGGUGUUGUGGAAUUAGUUGAAUGGUUGAUGUUUUUGGAGCAGCUUCUGUAUACUACGGCUGAUGCCUUGUGGCUGUAACUUUACAUUCUCUUACUAGUUAAUUGUGGGCUGCUGUGGGUACUGGAAGGACAGUGAACCCCCUUUUAGGGAGGCAAUUUAAUAAAGGAUUUCAGCAAAAUGAAAUUUUAUAGAAAUA